AUGCAGCCGCCUCAGCUCAAGCCCGCGCUAGCGGGUACGGCCGAUGUGGCCCCGCCGGCUGCCUUCGCGGGGCCCAGCAUGACCUACGAUGGGAGCAGCGGCAGGUGCGAGAACUUAUAUUCGAAUCCGUGCUCAUGUGAGGAAAGGGACGAGGACGCUAGCAGCUACUCGGCGGACUACCGCGUCUACCAACAGCGUCCCGGCAUCAUGCACGCCGCGACACAGCGACGAUCUUCAUCGUUAGGGCAGCUCUCCGUUGUGCAGGUGCCGACAUCGGUUGCCCCGCUCUCUUCUCCUCCCCAGCCUGCGGUCGCGCGAGCACGUAGCAGCCACUUGCCGCAUGUAAACGGCACGUCUGCGGAUCGCUCUGUGUCUGUAUCACUGCCGCCAGCCUAUUCGGAUAGAUUCAACGCCCAUGUUGUGGGCGACUGCCCAGAACAUCAUGGCACUGGCUCCUCAUGGUGGUGCUGCGGCAGUAGCUGUGCGACGCGCACAGGUGAAGCGAAUGGAAAGGUGCCGGCAGAGGGUGCCGGCUGUAGCGAGCGCUUCUCGUCGCAUCGCGUCGGCUCAGCGCUGCUGAGCUCCACAGCGGAGAUUGCACCCGGGUACCUGCUGGGACUGAUAGGUGUUGUGACAGGACUGCUGCUGUUCCUGCCGUGGUCGUCGAAUCCGGUGCACAUUUCAUUGAUGGUGCUGUCGUCGGUGGUAGGGUGCGUGUGUGGCCUGCUCUACUGGGUUUUGGAGCGGCGGUGGCACCGGCGGUGGCAGCAUGGCUUCUACGACGCAAGCGGCGCAGCAGCGGCUUCCUGCAGCGCCGAGGGUGCUCGUGACCGGCACGCUGAGUCUGCCGCUGGCAGCGCUGCCCCGCGGUAUCACGACCACGACGCCGAUGAGGAGGUCAGCAGCGUGGAUGUGUGCUGCUGCGCUGGCUGCGCAAGCAACCUUCUUGAUCGCCAGCACUUCCGCACUGUGCUGCCGGGGGUUCAGCUGCUUCUGCUUGGUGCCUUUGUGCUGGUGUCACCACAGGUGAUGGCAACGUGGACGGCCCCGAUGGCGUCAACGACUGGCCUCGGCGGCGGUGCCAUCCUCGCCGACAGUGAAGCAGGACAUGGGGGUCGCUACGGGGCCACGCUUUAUCCUGUCGAAGCGGUUUGGAAGACUUGCCUGCUUCACGCGUGGAUUGGCAUGCGGUUUUCACUGCCGCUUCUGUGGAGCUUGCUGGUGGGCCUCGUGCACAUGGCCGUGCUGUUGGCGCAGUGCCAACACGCCGGCCCGGGCACGCUGCUCACGCUGGUGGUGUGGAUGAGCGUGCCGCUGCUCUGCUUCGCCUUUGCGAUGUGCAUCACAAGGCCCCGGCCGGCGAUGGUGGAGGGACAGCAGCAGCACCAACUGCUGCGAGCCCUCGCCGCUGGUGUGGGUGCGCCGCUGUUGCCUUUUGCGAACUCUUCCAGAGGCCGGAGCCGUGACGCGUUCGAGGCCACGUACGCGUCCGUGUCGUACGCGAGUCCUUUGACAGCGACGCCGGCUGCUCCUGCGCCAGCCAUGCAGUACAGUGCCCACCCAUCUCGUCGGGCGGUCCUCCCUCCGCCACCGGUAGCGGCGUACUCGGCUGCUUCAUACGCACAGAUGCUCUCGGCGGAAAGCAUCGGCGGCAGUUACCUUGCCAGGCUGAAGGUGGGCGGGUGGGGGAGCCUCGUACGCGGCGGCGGAGGAGUGAGCAUGGCAGCUGCCCGGUACCCCCAAGCCAACUACGGUGACCGUGGGACGGCAGUGUUCAGCCAUUACGAGUCCGACCAGCGAGUCAUUUCGCCGCAGCGGCCGGUGCGCCAACGCUACAAUGUCGCGGUACGAUCACCGGCGCCAGAGUUCGUUGACAGUGCGGGGGUGCCGCCGCGCGACAACCUUAUCGGCCUCGCGACCGCACAUGACACGACCCUGCCUCCGCAGCACGGGCAAGCACGCGACCCGUCUUCACCCUUGUACCCUCCAAGCUCUCCUCCUCUGGCACUGCGCGAGGCGCGCUACGAGUCUGCUCAUCACCCCAUCAACACCGUAGGUGAGGUGAUGUAUCCCGCGACAUCAGCAGCAGCGAUGCUCCCAUCGUCUGGAGACGGCGCCCAUCCAUCUCUGUCACUCCCGCAGGCGUCGCGCCAGCUCGCUCCGCCCUCGCGCUUGUCUAACGUCAGCAGCAGCUCCCCCUCGACAAUGCUUGUGGGCAAUCUCGGGCCAGCGCCUCAGCCGCGACGGCGGCAACUGCGCAAGCACGCGCAGCAGGGGACGGCUGGAGAGGUCGAGGAAGCCGGUGUGUUUCGUGACGAUGCGGUUGACAGCGACGGCGCCGCGGCGGCGAUAGCGCCAGCAGACUUAUGGCAUCAGGAGACUCUGCAGCACCGGCGAGCAGGAUCGACGACCGCCAAAGAGCAGAGAGUGUGGAGCGGGGUCGUCUCCACCGCCGUGGCCGCUAAGAGCAUGACUGCAGCUGCAUCCGCGGCGGAUGACGAGGGCUGCACAAACGGCGUUGAUGCUCCCCAUGUUCCUGUCCACGGCAGCGAUGACGACGGGGAGGAGUGGGACGACGAGCUGCCCAUACCGGCCGGGGCCUCGCUGGAGGACGCGUGCGCGCCGUACCUUGUCCUCGACGCUGCCCUGGUCAUUGUGGACGUCGGCCCGUCCCUGUGCCGGCUUCUGGGUACCACCGUCGACGCUGUCUUGUUCCGCCGACUGCAGGAUGUGCUCGCUUGGCUCGAUGUUGUGGAGCAGGAGACGGCGGUGAGGCUGGUGAGCGCCGUCGCGCAGCCUCUGCGCACCGCCGCCGCCGCCGAGCGAGGCGAGAAGCGUGGCGCAGGUGCCCACUCUCCCAGGGAAGAGAAGGCGAAGAAGGGGAAGGACAUGAGGGGGCAUCACGACGACAACGAGAACCGCAGCGCGCUAUCGGGGGCGGCGAAGCAGCUCGAGAAACCGUCGGAGAAGGGGGUGCGCGACAACGUCGCCGAGGGGGCACCUGUGCGGCGGAUCACGCUGCGGGGACACUGCCCCUACUACGUAAAGGCCAGCGGCAGCACGGGUGCGAUCAGCGCCGGUCGAUGCAGCCGACGGCCACCGUUUGCCCUUUGCUUCGACGUCUGGGCGGAGCGUCUUGCCGCACCAGCACUGAAGGCUGGUGGCUCUUGGCGGAGGCGCAAGUCCUCUGCGGUGGGUGGCGGCCGGCAGUUGGCGACGCCUUUUGUGAUCAUCCUUCGGCGUCCUCUCUUGCAUGGCCUGUGCGAUGCGCUGCCGCUGCCUGUUGCACUGGUGCACCCCCGGACGGGGGAGGUGCUGGGCUGGAAUCACUACGCCGCGCGGCUGACGGGGUGCACCGCAUAUGACAUGCUGGGGAUGCCCGCGUACGGCAGUUUCGUGUACGAGGGAUUUCCCGGCGCUUCCCCGACGACGGCGAGCCAGGGAGGCUUCUCAAGCACUGGCCGCCAUCUCCCACCACCGCCGCCCCAAUCACCGAGUGUGGAGUCCGCGUCGUCCGCGCAUCGCCGACAGCGAUCAUCCAAUACGGCUGCGCUGUCCGCGGCGACAGCGGUCGGCACUGUGCCCGAUGGCGAGGUCGCCUCGAACGGCUUUGCACUUCCGUCUGCCAAGUCAACGUUGCCCACCACCGCGGCGCUGCUACUCUCCUCACAUCAGACAACGUCGACAGCCUUUUCUCCCCUCCACGACGCGCGACUGCAGCGGCAGCACGGCGGCGCCGGUAGCCCAACCUUCGUGGACCAGGCAUCACCGCCGCCGCACGCGGCUGGCCUCUAUGGCACUUUCACCGUCGCGGCCUCGCAGCAGCAUCGCGACACUCCGCUUCCUGGCUUUUUUUACGUGCCUUGCACAUGUGCGGCGGCUGCGGUGGCGGGCGUCCCGCUCCCCGCUGUUGGCGACAACGGGGAGCCUGCAGUGACGAGCGCCAGUGGUGGUGGCGGCGCUCGACCAAGCAGCGCUUCGAGCACUGGCGGCGGGCCGCACCAGAUCUCGUCUUUCCAGCCGCCUUGGUCGCUGGCCGGUCGUGGCGGUACUGCGGCAGCGGCUGCCAGGCACGCAGAUCGACUGCCCUCGCAGCUGACCGCCGCCUCGCCGUCCCCUUUUCCCUUCGGAGUCGAUGGCGGUGGUGGCGGCAACACGAACAUCACCAGCGGCGCAGUAGGGGGUGUGCGCUGUCCUCGCCCACCACCGCCACCGCCCCUCGCGGCAGGACUCGAGUGUGGCACCGACUCCGACGAGGCCGGACUCGCCACCGCCUUUGAGACAGACGGGAACAAGGAGGCGCAGGGAGACGGCGGCGAGGACGUGAUGGCGGCACCGUACUGCUCUUCACCUGCCAUGGUGCGUGGACUGUUGUUUCGCGCCACCUUGCGACCACUGCGGGGUGUUCUGUGCAGCGAGGAGGGUGGCGUAGUCGAGAACCAGCUCGGCGGGCCGCUGCGGAGGAGCGCGAGCGCCGUGGAAGGCGAGCACGCUGGCGGCCGUGGCGCAGAAGGAAACCCCUUCCUCAAUCCGCCGCCGCGUGCGGCGCGCGAAGAGGAAAGUGCGGCGGUGGAGGAAGAGGACGCAGGGGAAGAGCUAGCGCUCGCUCGGGAGAAGAACAUGCAAGCCUAUGGCAACGACAAGAGCGCCAGCGACGAAAGCGGUGGGGCAUUGCUGUCGGAGCUGCAGCAGCAUCACCGACACCACCGUCUAGACUGCACUGCCGCAGGUGCACGCAUGCGGAACAGCGAGUGUGAGGAAGACAGCGGCGGCGAUGGCGAGUCGGCCAUGGACGACGAGGACGACACUCCCUUCGACGAGGACGACCUCCCGAAGGCAAUGGCCGGGACGAUGCACGGCGGGCUGACGCUCGCGGCGACGCUAGAGCAGCUCUUCGCCACCAAGGCGAUGUCGUGCAACUUCAGGCUGGACAAGGAGUCCGUAGCAGGGCCACGUCGUAGUGCGGCAUCGACCGUGACAACGACGGCGACCGCGGCCUCUGGAGCGCUGCUGAGCUCGGAGCUGCUGCCUCAGUACAGCCUCCGUGAGGCACUGCAGCAGCUUGCCGCAAGUGAGUCACCUCUCUUGCUCACAUUUUCCGAGCCUCCCAUCUAUGCCACCGCGUGUGCAAGCGCCGAGGCGUUGCUGCAGGAGCGACGGCUAAGGCACCGCCGCGUAAGCAGCGUUUCCCCGGACGAGCACGGCUACUCCGGCGUGCUCACGCACGCGAAUAACGGCGGCGUUGCUGCUGCGGCCAGUGGGGGUGGCUGCACCAGCGUGCCGGAAAGCUACCUCGGCACCCCGCCGGCGCCUUUUCUUCACCAGCACCUCCCGCAGGUGCCGGUGCUGUGGGGUGACGGGUCAGCCAGCCUCCAGUUCGUGGCUGCCGUGAAGGAGGCGGUGGAUUCAUACCGGGAGAGCAUCGAAGAAGAUUCGAGCGGCUACACGGACCUCCUCGGCCUCCUCUCGCUCAGCGGUGGCAACGGCGGUUGCGGCCCCAGCAGCGGCUAUGCGGCGCGUAACUCGUCGUCUUCUCUGACGCCCACCUCCUUCGGCGGCGCUCCUGAUGCCGCCGUGACGACUGCCAUCACCGCCGACGCAGCGCGGCAGCUACGCCUCCUCAAGUCCCUCUCUGACCAACUGCUGCAGGCGACGGCUGCGUACAACCGCACGCGCCAGUCGAUGAGUUCCACCACGUGGGGACUCAGCGGCGGCGGCGUUGCUGCGCGCAUGUCCCCUUCACCCUCCUCCCCGUCGCUCUCCCUUGGGCUCUUUGCAGCCCCUCCCGUGCCGGACGCCGACGCUGCAAACGAACGUCACCGUAACACGCGUCGCCCCGGCUCCGCCACAACGCCGUCGCCGUACAAGGACCAUCCUGCUGGCGGGCCGUUUGGAGUCUCUGCGCACCAGUCCCCGUUCCAGCCACCGCCGCCGCCUCCACAGCUCGCCUUUACCGGCGAGGAAGCGGAGGGCACGCAUCGGCGCCUGCAAGGCGGCGGCCCGCACCGGCGUCAGCCGGGCGAGCCAGCGGCGAGUGCGAGCCCGGGCGGCAGCGGGGCACAUACGGGCAUCUACCGUGACCCCAACAGCACGCCGUUCUCCGUUGCAUCGGAGGAUGUCACCGGUGUGGUCCCCAGCGCCGUCGGGGACAGCAGAAACUUGGCACUCAAGGAACCACCGCCGCCGCCACAUCGCAGUGCCAAACGCACCAGCGGCGGCGGCAGCGGUGGGAGGAGAGCCAUACAGGAUGGCGGCACGUCUCCCGUCAAAUCGCGGCCACGCCAUGCAGCGAAGUCGUCCACAGCAAGCGCGCCGCUGAAGGGGAGCAGGGGCAGGCAUACUGGUUCCCGUCACGGCCGCCGAGGUGGCGCCAGCGCCUCUACCCCGGUCCACAGCCCGCCACUCGUGCCAUUGGAUGUAGGGGUGGACCUGGCGAAGGAGCCGCGCAGCUCUGGGCACAUGGAGGAGAUCAGCGGUAGCACGUCGUCUCCUGCUUCGCCUUGCGGUGGCGGUAGCGGAGGGUCGGGUCGCACCGCUGCCGCCACCUUUGCCACGACGUCUUCCUUGAACGCCAGGACAUCAUUAGUGGCGGCGGGAUCUGUACCGGCGAUGUCCACCCCUCGCCCGCACGCCACGGGUGCCAGCGCCUCUGCCCUCGAUGUGGCAACGCCGCAAACGGAGUUGCACUCUUCUCCGCGACGCUACGACACCGCUGCGGCCUUCGGCGAAGGCGAGGAAAGCGGCCGUGGUGGCGGAGCGGGCGAGGACGCCACCGCUGCGGGAGGCGUUGCCAGCCGCUUGGCGACCUCGCCGCGAUUACAGGGCAGUCUCUUGCUGAGUCCGUCUUUGGCCGCAGCGGAGGUGGUGGAGCUGGAGGCCAGCCACAGCACCGAGUCGCGCCAACAGCGGCUGCAGCAUCGUAGCAGUCCAAAUAUCAUAUCCGGUGCAGGCUGUGGCAGCGGUGCAACCUCAGCCAAGCGCGAUGCGUCGCCGCGGCGUCGCUCCAGCGCCGUGUACAGGCGGGAGAGCUCGCUCGACGUACUGCAAAGCGCGCCGGUUGGCAGUGGCAGCUUCGGUGGCAACGGCGGACUCGUGCCAACGAGCAACAGCGCGUCACCGCCGGCGGGUGCGGGCGCGGGAGGCCAUGGGACAGGCUCGCCAUCGCCGCAUCCAGCUCGGACUGGCAGCGGUAGCCUGAACGCCAACGCCGCCGCUGCGGCGCGGUCGACCGCGCCGCGGCGGCCCGGCGAGGGCGCCGUCUGGGCAGUCCUGGUUUCACGCGAUGAGGCGACGAUUCCGUCGUGCCGCAUCAGCGUCAACCUCGGGGACGAAUUUCGGCUUGGCCGCAGCAGCAAGUGCACGGCUGUCGUGUCGGACAGCUUUGUGAGCAGCACGCAGUUCUCCAUUGUGCGAACCGUGUCAGCGUCGACAACGGCGCAGGACUUGCAGUCUCCCGGCAGCGGCCGCAGCGAGCGAGGCGCGCGUCGAAACAAAGCCUUCACGGUCACUCUGUACGACCGCAGCGCCAACGGCACGUACGUCAACGUGAAGAAGCUCGGCAAGGACAAGAGCUGUGUGCUGCGCGACAAGGCCCUCAUCACGUUCCGCCUCAGCACCUCGCAGUUCUUCUUGGGCUUUGUUUUUAUGCUGACGGACGAGCAUGGGGUGCCGCUGGACGACCGCACGGGCAUGGGGGGUGGCAGUGGACUGCGCAGUCUGCUGGACGCACGGCUCUCACCGCAACCGCAGACAGGGCGGCGAACCAACGCCUCGUCGACCGGCGGUGGCGGCAAGGAGAGCAGCAGCAGCCAGAACACGGUCGUGGCCUCACCCACCGCCCCUUCCGCUAGCGCCGCCCGCCGCAACACCCCCCGCGCGCUCUCCACCCCGGACAACUCGAGCUUCGCGAGCGGCACCCCGAACGGCUCGCGGCGCGCCGGCGGCGGGGCCCCGCGCAGCGGCCGCCACGCUCAUCGCGAGACCAUCGAGUGGAAGAUUGGCGAGGAGAUGCUCGGCAAGGGCGGCAACGCAGAGGUGUACCUUGGCAUCAACUUGACGAACGGCCAGCUGAUCGCGGUGAAGCGGGUGCGGCUGCCAACAUUUGCGCACGGCAGCGACGCCGAGCAGGACCCGGAGGCGAGGGCGAUCCUGCAGCAGUACCGCUCUCUACAGGAGGAGAUCAGCGUCUUGUCCAAGGCGACGCACCCGAAUAUCGUGCAGUACUACGGCUCCUCGCAAAACAGUGCGUACUUCAACAUUCUGCUGGAGUUCGUGCCAGGCGGAUCGCUGCGGCACCUGCUCGACAACUUCGGCGCCCUCAGCCCUGGGGUCAUCCUCUCCUACGUGCAUCAGGCUCUCGAGGGGCUGGCGUAUCUGCACCGGCACAACAUCGUCCACAGCGACUUCAAGGCGGCGAACAUCCUCAUCACAGAGAAGGGCAAGGUGAAGCUGACCGACUUUGGCACUGCGCGGCUGCUGAACCGGCCGCAUGCAACAGCCGCCCGCGGCGGUGGGGAGGCGCAAAGCGUGACCUCGCGCACCGCCCCUGGGCAGCGCAAGGACGACGCUGUCUCUGUUGGCGGCGGAGGCACGUUGCAGAUCGCCGGCACCCUGCGCUGGAUGGAUCCGGGCCUCUUCCAUAACCCCCACUCGAGCGGCGCUGCCGACGUCACGGUUGCCGUCGCGGCGAAGGACUCGUCCGAUAAGCUUGGCGGGCCUACGAAGGCAGGUGAUAUUUGGUCCGUUGGCUGCACGAUGAUCGAGAUGAUGUCAGGCGAGGCGCCAUGGUUCGAGUACGACUUUGAGAGCGAGGAGCAGAUCGUGAACCUGCUCACCUACACAGCGGAGCCGCCGGAAAUACCCGAGUGCCCGGAGUGCCCAGACUUGGUGACCAUCGCGCAAGCAUGUCUCAAGAUGGACCCAGCGCAGCGCCCCACAUGCGAGGAGCUUCUCCGCAUUGUCGAGGAGGCGACGGCACGGCUGCAGGCGCAGUCGAUGAGUCCGUCCGUGAGCCCGUCGCGCGAGGUGUCACAGCAGCAGCAGCCUGCAGCCCCGGGCUCUCUGCCAGGCGCCGGUACGGGUGUGCGGUCCAGCAGCACUCUGUUCUGUCCUCAAGUGGAAGCUGCCACGAGCAGCGCAUCCGCAUCCCUCACGGCCAACCCGGUGGCCGUCUACGGCCCAGGGACGGACGACCGCCGCCGGGCAGAGCGUACCGGCCGCCCAAGGGACUCCACGCCGAUUUCGGUUGCCGUUGGCGGCGAUGGAGGCAGCUCCGCUCCGCUGUCUGCCCGCGACGCUGCCUCCUCCACGGCGCUCUAG